UCUCUGCCUGUCGUCCCGACAACCAUCUCUCUCCCCAUGUGAUUCGCCUUCCUCUGUGAAAAAAAGAAGGACCAAAAAGCUGUUCAUUCUCUACCCUUUUGGCCCUCCUUCGUCCCCUCGCUUUUCAUUCCUUCCCCAUUUCACAUGAAGAUCUGAUCUCUCUCUCUCUCUCUCUCUCUCUCUCUGACUUCGCCUGCAAGAAUUUGUGUCCCCUCUCGCGAUCCCCAGGCAGGGAAAAAGGAAGAAACUUUGAUUCGCCCUUCAGCUUCUCUCACUCCCCUGCUUCGUCUCUUGUCCAAUCUCGCCGUCCGCUUUCCUCGGAUCUUCGUGGGUCUAGGGUUUUCUCCCACCCCCCAUCACCUGCUUCGUCGUGUUUGCGCGUGUCCCUUGUGAAAAAGGCGGGAUUUUGCCGAGGCUUUCUAGCUGGGGGAACCGACCUCGGGGGCUUUUUGAUCGGGUCGAUCGUUGGUUUGGAGUCGCGGGUUCAAGGUGGAUUGGAUUCAGUUCGAUUCGGGGGAUUUCUGGGUGCCAUGGAUAAGGAGAAAUUGUCUGGUCAUAGUAGCGGGUUGCCGCCUCCGUCGGGUCGUUUCGCGGGGUUCUCGCCGAAUGCGAAUGCCUUCUCCGUGAAGCCGGAGCCGCCGCCGGCGGGCUCCUCGUCGUUCCCCCCGUUGGCUCAGCAGAACCUGGUCCCCGACUUCAGCCACGAUAUUAGCCGGAUGCCCGAUAACCCGCCGCGGAACCGUGGCCACCGCCGCGCGCAUUCGGAGAUUCUCACUCUCCCUGAUGAUAUCAGCUUCGACAGUGAUCUCGGAGUCGUGGGAGCCGCGGAUGGUCCUUCGUUCUCAGAUGAUACGGAGGAGGAUUUGUUUUCCAUGUACCUCGACAUGGAUAAGUUCAAUUCGUCCUCGGCGACUUCGUCGUUUCAGAUGGGAGAGCCUUCUUCUGCUCCACUGGCCAUGGCGGCUGCCGCGGAGUCUGGUUCGGGGGCAGCCCCAUCUUCUGCGGAGAACGUGGCUUCUGGGUCGACUGAGAGGCCUAGAAUUAGACAUCAACAUAGCCAGUCUAUGGACGGGUCAACGAGUAUUAAGCCCGAGAUGCUUAUGUCGGGUUCCGAGGAAGCAUCUCCUGCAGAUGCCAAGAAGGCCAUGUCUGCUGCGAAGCUUGCUGAGCUUGCACUGAUUGAUCCCAAGCGCGCAAAGAGGAUCUGGGCAAACAGACAGUCGGCUGCAAGGUCAAAGGAAAGGAAGAUGCGAUACAUAGCUGAGCUUGAACGGAAAGUACAAACUUUACAAACUGAAGCAACAACUCUCUCUGCACAGCUCACUCUGCUGCAGAGAGACACAAAUGGUUUGACUGCUGAGAAUAGUGAAUUGAAACUGCGGUUGCAAACAAUGGAGCAACAGGUUCAUUUGCAAGAUGCUUUGAAUGAAGCACUCAAAGAGGAAAUACAACAUCUGAAGGUACUAACUGGCCAAGCUAUGCCCAACGGUGGACCCAUGAUGAACUACGCUUCGUUUGGAAGUGGCCAGCAGUUCUAUCCCAACAACCAUGCGAUGCACACUCUUCUGGCUGCACAGCAGUUUCAACAGUUGCAGAUUCAGUCACAGAAGCAGCAGCACCAGUUUCAACAGCAUCAACUGCAUCACCAACUUCAGCAGCAGCAGUUACAGCACGAACAGCAGCAACCAGCUGGGGACUUGAAAUUCAGAGGACCUAUUCCUUCUCCAAAUCAGAAAGAUGGUAAUGCAGCAGAGUCAAAUUCUUCUAAAAUGGAGUGAGUAGCUGCCUUUGGGCUUUGUAUCAGUAACUGUUGUCUCCUCUUAGUCUGUCGCUAGCAGUAUUAAUCACCAUCAGUCAUCAGAUUAGACACAUACCCCUCUCCCUCAAAAAAAAAAAAAAAGUAGUACUAGAUUUAGACUUUUCAUGGGACGCAUACUGUCGAAUGCAUUUAUUUGUUUAUUUAUUGUUGUCGUGUUGUUUAGAUCUUUGAUCUGGAUUGAAGUUUCUCGUAGUAGGUUUGCUUUGUGAAUUAGUUA